AUGAGGAACCUCUCCAGUGAGGCGACAACUGUGAUAAGGAGCGGGAAGGCUAGAUUUGAGGCGGGAUUUGAGGGUAGGCAGCAGCAAAGGAGAAAGGAGAUGACUACUGGAGUGAUGCCGACGUCGGAGGAAAGGCGGUGGGUCAAGUUCGCCCAUAAAAUUGAUACAUCUUCUCCGACGAAUUCGACUCUGCGGGGCGAACACGAGGCUCUUCUGGACGCAGAGAGUGUACUGUGA